CGACAAGUCUUAUGUUUUUGUAUUUUGAAAACAUUGCAUACAACUUGUAUUUGUAAUAUGCAUGAAACUUGUCAAAUACGUGUUUAAUACCUUGGUGUAAACGAGGGGUUAGAGUAAGUUCUGUGGAAUACAGAGUACAGAACACUUUUACAGAUUUAUACCUAGAGGUUGAAAUAUGAAUUUGUACUAUAAUAAAAAUAAAUGUAAACUAACUAACUUUAGCUCGUAUAAUUUUUUGCUUUCAUUGCCAAUUGUAUCAUAAUAUUAUAUAAAAUAUAUAAAAAUGUUUCCUUGAAGUCUAUGUAAAAUAUUAGAAUAUGGACGAUAUUUUAUACUUUGCCGUAGCAUGUUCAUCAAAUAUGAACAGGAGUAUGGAAGCACAUGCAUUUCUCGUUAAAAAGGGAUUUAAAGUUAAAUCUUUCGGAACUGGAGAGAAAGUCAAGUUACCUGGUACCUCAGCAGAUAAACCAAAUUGUUAUGAAUUUGGAGUACCUUAUGAUGAUAUUUACAAAGAUCUGUUAGAAAAAGAUAAAGCAUAUUAUACACAAAAUGGUUUGUUGCAUAUGCUUGACAGAAAUCGAAGAAUAAAACCAUGUCCUGAACGAUUUCAAGCCUCAACAGAGAGAUUCGACGUUAUAAUAACUUGUGAGGAGAGAGUUUAUGACCAAGUUACUGAAUGGUUUGUAUCUAGAAGAUCUACUUCCAAUCAACCAGUACACAUAGUGAAUAUAGAUAUUCAGGAUAAUCAUGAAGAAGCCACAUUAGGAGCUUUUCUUAUUACUGAUUUGGUCACAAAAAUGUCACAGAGUGAAGAUUUAGACAAUGAUAUUGAUGAACUUCUGCAUGAUUUUGAAGCCGAGUGUCGGAGACCUAUAUUAAAUAGUAUAAUGUUCUAUUGACAAUAAUUAAAACUAGCAAAAAAAUUUUUCAAAUGUGUCAAAUAAUAUCCAUAUUUAUGAUGGCUAUUUAUGAAGUGCACUAUCUUUAAGAUUAUUAAUACUGUAUAAGAAUUUGGAUACAUAGGACAAUAUUCAUACAGUUAUUUUUUUAUGUCAAUAAGUUAAUAAUGUAGGUAUAAAUACAUACAAUACUAGUAAUGAAUUAUAUAGCGUCAUGAUAGCCAUUUAUCGACUUUUUAUAAAACAAUAUAAUGUAGAUAAUGUUAUAUAGUGUUGCUUAAUUUUAAAAAUAAAAACAGUUCAUAGUAUUGUCAUUAAAAUUAAUUAUAAUUUUUUAUUUGUAGCAAUAAUACUGACAUGAAUUGAAUGAACA